AUGCCUCGCCAUCGUCCUCGUCGCCUGCAACACAUCCAGGGCAUUGGUGUCGACCAAAUGGGCAAUCUCGCCGAUGCCUCUAACUCAGACUACCUCCGCCUGGAGAAUCUCGAUGUUGAUAUAGCCCCGGACCAAGAGGCCCUCGAAUUUACCGAGCAAGCCAUCCAUCGAGACGAGUUCAACAGUUAUCUCCCCUUUACCGGCCAAAGCCGCCUGCGCGAUGUGGCGGCGAAGCACGUGUCCCAGCUGUCUGGGGUGGAGUACACCGGCGACCGUAACUGUGUCAUAUCUGCCGGUGGUCUCUCCGGCAUCCUCAAUGUGCUUCUGGCGACAAUCGAGGAAGGCGACGAAGUCAUCAUGACGGACCCAACUUACCGCGGGCUCAUCAACCGUGUGCUUCUGGCCGGGGGCGUGCCAAAACUUGUUCCCUUCACCUUCCAGCCCGGGCAGGAGUGGAAAUUAGAUCGCGAAGUGCUGCGAUCUGCCGUUACCGAGAAAACCACAGCCAUGUUGCUCAUGUCGCCAUCCAUGCCAAGUGGCGGCUAUUUGGACCACGAAGACUGGCUUCUCGUUUCGGAGUUGUGUGUUUCAAGUGACCUUCUCCUUAUCCUAGAUACAGCCAUGGAACGUCUCGUCUUCGAUGGACGUCCCGUUAUCUCUCCCGUGGGCUUGCCGGGCAUGGCGGAACGUACCGUCGUCAUCGGAUCUUCCGCCAAAGAACUGAGAAUGAUCGGGUGGCGAGUUGGCUGGAUCGUGGGCCCCGAAGAUCUCACCAAGGACAUUGCUGCCGUAUCAAUGGCGAACGUCGUUGUCCCUGUCGGGAUCGCGCAAGAAGCCGUGGCGAUUGCCUUGGAAAAGUCAUCCGCAUCGUCCGCGUCCAUGUCAGGGUAUGUGGGCGAGCUACAGGCCCGGCGAGAUCUUAUCCUAUCGGAAUUGGACGGUCUCCCCGUAGGUGUGCCGGCUGGCGGCUGGAGUCUAUUGUUGCGUGUCAGCGACUUUGGCAUUGACGGUGCCACCGCUUCAAAGCGACUCCUGGACCAGGGAGUUUGCGCGACCUCGAUGGAUGGCUGGGGAGACGUCCAUGGCCGGCAUUUUAUCCGAUUUGUCUUUUCCAAUGAGCCCCUGCAUCGAUUAAAAGGCAUCGGUGAAAAGGUUCGACGCGCUUUGGAAGUCUCUUAA